AUGAAAGCUACGCUCGUCGCCGCCCUGUCUCUGGCCGGAUCAACCCUCGCGGCUCCGCCUGCUCGCCGCAGCGAUGAGCCCAACGUUUCCCAGCUCGACCUCAGCUUGGUGAAAGGGGCCAAAAUGUGGGCCAACGACAAAAUUACAGACUGCGGCAAAAAAGAGCACGUCGAGCUCGAGAGCGAACGCGGCCGAUAUGCCGUGCUCCAAUUGAUCGACUCGAAAAGGCAUUAUACCGUGGACAACGACGACCAUGACCGCUGCCGCAACGAAGUCGAGGUACCACCGGGCUGCUUUCAUGGCGACGAACCCGCCGAAGGCUGCUUAAUUUCCGUCUUGAAAGCGUACGACACCUGCACUGAAGGCUCCUGA